UACUCAAGUCAUAUUCUUCCUCAUAUUAUGCAUUUUUUUUAGAAUUUUACUUCAGUACCUUUGCUCUUAUUCUACUAAUUGACUAACGCUGGAAUAGGGUCCAGCCUGCUCAUUAUGUAUUAAGGCUUGGCUUGAAAACGGAGAAUGAGAUGGUUGGGUAAAAAGGUGUUAAAUUCAGGGAACCACUAGUUGAAAACAGCUGAAAGAAAGAUGAUGUAUUUCAGUUUUUGUGAGGGUGAAACGAUUGUUUUUCUGUUGGUCCUGAUCUGAGAUGAUUGAUCAGAAAUGAAUGAUUUGCUGAUUCAUUGGUAAGCCAGUUUUAUUGUGGUUUAACAUUGACUAAUUAUGUAUCUUUAGCAUUAAUGAAAUGCCUUGGUGCAGCUGAAAAUGUGCAUUUAUGUCAAUUCUGACGUGGUCCUAAAGCAUAGCUAUGUUUUUAAUCAUGACACUAGUUUCACAUCACUUCCAGAGGGCUUCUUUAAACAGGCCCCUGCUUGCAGAAACAGCAUGGCGGCCAAGUUGGAGCCCAGCUGGAGGUCAGGCCGAGUCGCAUCGAGACGCCAUUUUCACCUGAGAGCGGAAACGGCGCUGAGUCUGGCUCUUUCCCAGCCCGUUUAGUGCCUCCUCACGGCGCAAGAACCGCUUAACGACGUCAUCAAAUGACGCGACGCCGCGCUACGUGAGAUUCGGUCUUUGUUCUAGACUCCACCUCCUGCACGUGAACGCGCCUUAAGCCGAAUUAGAAAAUCCGGGGUUAACAAAGCUUGUCGAUAUCCCGAUCCUGUGACAGCGGCCACCGUUCCUCGGUUCCGUCUCCCGGGCAACCGUUUGGCAACGUCACGGAUCCCGAAUCGAGCCGUGGCGCCAACCGGUCUCGGUUUCGCGGCGUUUUUUUCCGCACCCCCCUGCAGCGGAUUACGACUUGAUUACUAAAUCUAGCAUUGAAACAUCUCGGAUCAGUGCGCGCGCUCCCUCGCUCCGCCGCACAGGGGAGAGCAAUCGCACGUCGAGACCCGGAUCACGAUGAUGACGAUGAUGAUGAUGAACGCAGACAGAGAUUACCUGAUGAAUAAAAAGCAGGAGAGGGCUCAUUUCUUCAGCUCCAAGGAGCAAGAACUUAUUCUGAAGCUGUAUGAAGAAGAGCGAGAGAUCCUGACAGCCAAAUCCAACACAACCAGCGCCUCCAAGCUGAGGGAGGAGGCCUGGCAAAGGAUUGCUGACAAAAUCAACGCGGUUUCAGACAGUGGCUACAAAAGAACAUGGCAGCAGGUGAAAGUCAAACACAAGAACAUCAUCCAAACAGCAAAGAGGAAAAGGGCCGAGGUGCUGAGGACCGAGGGAGGGUCGGGAAGCCCCUCUCUGACCUCAGCGGAGGAGGACGGGGCGCACAGCAGAGAAAACACCAUGAGGGUGGAGGUCCUACCCGGAGGCGCCUGCAUCGGCCCCAUCGGCGGAUCCGACAGCUCCUUUAUGAGUGGCCAUCCGGUCCUCCUCCUGCCCGUCACAAAGACGGAGCCAGAGAGCCUGAGCGGCGAUGAGACGGACAACAGCGAGGCUCAUUUUGACGGGGAUGUGCAGAACAGCAGUUUUCAGGAGGUCGGCAGCCCAGCAGGGGCCACAAGCAGGACCAGGCGUGCUGAGAAGCAGACCGAUGAACUAAGGUUCCUUUACUGCUGUUACCUCAAAAAGGAGAUGGAGAAUCGGGACCAGGAGAUGGCCUACAGAGCACUGAAGAUGAAGAAGCUGGAAAAGGAGAUCCUGCUUCUGGAUAAACAGCUGAUGUGACUGUGAGAAUCAGAACUUUAGCGCUAUAAUAGAUUUACCACGUUGUUACGAUUCAGUCUCAUCCGAGCCCGAAGCAUGGGCAAGCUUAGCUGCUGAUUUUCGCCAGCAGGUGGCGUCCAAUAUCUUUGGUUCUCAUAGAGAACGUGGAUCUAAAAACACCUUCACAAUUGUAGUCAAGUUUACAUACAAUAAGCUCAAUUUCACAUUUUUAUAGUGUUUUAAUAGUGAAUUUAACUGGCAUUAAAAUUCUUUUGAUUAUUUAUUUAUUUAUUUUUAGUUAUUUAAAGAUGAUCAUCGCACAACUCAGACAAAACCUUCUCGGCUUGAAGCCUCAAACACCAGUGAAGUUUUGCUUAUAAGCUAAAUGGUCUUCAGCGUCUUCCUUGAAUCUCAACGAAUUAGAGUCCAACUGAAAAAUGUAUUUAUUUCGGUAAAUCGGUUUCAAAAGAUAAAAGCACAUAUUUCCAGAAACUAAUAUGUUAAGUAUUCAUUUCUCUUUGCUUUAUUGAUUAUGGUUUACGGCUAAUUUUAAACCAUAAUUCAGUUUUGAGAAGAAAAAAAAAAAGAGAAAGCAAAAAGGAUGAACCGUUGGGCCACAGUCCAGUCAUUUCUGUCUUUUUUAAACUCUGACACCUUGGGAAUCCUCCUGUCCCCCUACAAUUGCUAUAUUUAAUACAUCAUGUUUUCUUUCCACUCAGUUUUUCAUCCAUUUGCGUGGGCACCGUUAUCAGAACAGCCAGCUCGCAGCUUUUCAUUUAUUACUCCUAAGUAACAUUCUAAUUUACACAGAAACUGAAAGUGAGGAUUUCAUUAUCUGUACCCCACGGUCAUUAAAAGUGACAAAAACAAACGCUUGAAACGCACCAGCCUGUUUGAGUUUCACUUUUCAACUUGAACUGGUGAAACUCUGAUCUCUGAGUUACUGAAAUGUACGUGCAGGUGUAAUCCUUCUGAGCGACGACUGAAUCCUGCGUUUGGAGCCUGCAGCAGCUGUAGAAGUGGGCUGCCAUGUCUGUAGUGAGGUAGACAGGUUUAUAGGAAUAUUGUGCAUUUGCUACCCUGCGUUAGGUUUGACUGUGUUUAUCCUACUGUAGUGUCGCUAGAAGAAAGGGAGCAGCGUCAAGAAGGUUUUUAGACGCCACACUCAGAUAUAUAUGCCAGCGUCGUCUCAGAGUCCUGGCAAAUUGUUUUUGAUGUUUAUAGGAUAUAGUUCUGCUGUAAGUUGGAGAUCACUUCCAAAUGAUUUUAUAGGGUUGAUCGAACUCUCACCUUCCCAAUGCUGCACUUUUUCAAUGACUUGACAUCUGACUGUUCAGUUGGGCAACAGGAAACGCUAACAGCACAAAAUACUGCAUUGUAAACAUUAGAAUCUUUCUUACUGUUGUGGAAUUUUAGGAGACAAUAUUAUAGGCCGAAAAUAAGUUAUUAAAUGCAUUUACAUGUACUGUUUUGGUUGCAGUUUACAAAGUACACGUUGUCCUCGGAUGACUGGACCUGUUUUGUUUUAAUUUAUUGUGCAGUGUGGACAUGUUGUAGUGACCUCAUUCAUAUCUAGAAUUAUGUAAACAGUGAGACAUUCGGGUUUAUUUUAGUCUUUUUUUUCAAACAUUGUCUUUCUACUGUAUUUUGAUGUUUAAUUCUUUCAUUUUUAUGCAAUCAUGUUCAAUAACACUGGAAUUCUUCAGUCAUGUUCCGUUUGAAAAAAAAUUGUGUGUUUCUGUACUGCUGUAAGUACAUUUGUAUUUAUUUCUCCUUUUUUUUAAUUUCAUGAUUUUUUGUAUGUAGUUUCUAAAUCACUAGUUUGUCAUAAAAAUGUGUCUCCUGUU